GUCACUACAUAUCUCCGAUAGAUACAAUACGUUUGAUAAUGAGUAAUCCGGAGGCCCGUGACAUGGUUGAAAACGAAGCUCCUCGGAAAGAUGAGACUAUACGUACUUUUCAGGAUGGUCGUCAAUUUUCGCUGAAUACUUUUCUCAAUGAGCACCCUUGUGCUUUGCGUCUAUCAUUUCAUAUAGACGAAGGAGAGUAUGCAAAUCCAUUAGGAUCCAGGAAAGGCAACAACAAAUUAACAAAUGUUUGCAUAAAGUUGCAAAACAUUGAUUCUCGUCUCAAUUCGUCUUUGGAGCGUGUUUACGUCGUUCUAAUGGUAAAAUCCAGUGUGCUGAAGAAAUAUGGAUACAAGAAAGUGUUUCAGCCAUUAAUUGGCGAUCUGUUGAAGCUGGAAAGUAAAGAAGGUGUUCAGAUUAAAUUUGAUUCAGGUAUUUACACACUACGUGCAACGUUGGUGAAUGUGUUGGGUGACACUCUUGCCAUACAUGACUUGUAUGGGCUAUUGGGACCUUCAGCCAAUUACUUCUGCAGAGCUUGUAUGAUCACACGAGCUGAUUUGCAAAAUGGAAAUUUUGGAGAUAAUUUUCCUCAUCGAACAGCACAAAGUGUCAAAAACGACCUAGAAGCUGUUAAUAACAACGAGAUAACUGCCUCACAAUGUGGCAGGGGAUUCUUCCAAUGGUGA